AGCAGCGCCCGGAGCCUCCGGCACCCGGCGGGGCCGAGGCGGUGAGCGCCGGAAGCUCCCGACGUGCCGCGCUGCCCGUCAUGGCGCUGGAGGUGUCUUCUGAGGACACGCUCGUUCCGAUAUGGCUUUGAUCAGCCUGAAAAGCUUCCACCUCUGUUCACCCGGCGCACCAGCGAGCAGGCGUAUUUUGAUGACCCUAAGCAAAAGCUUGAGCUUCGUCAGCGAACGGCGAAAGCCCCAAAGCUAUCGUCCCACGGCCGUGAGGGUGCUGUGUUCCAAGGACAAAUGUCGGGAUGUGUUUUGUCGGAAAAACCACGUGCAGCUGCGGAUGCGGUCUCUUUCUGUUCAUGAAAGCGUGCAUUUCUGUGGGGAUACUGGGAGCAGCGCUAAGGCUGAUGAGCGGUGGAUGGAUGAACGAGUGUUCUUCAGGACGCUGAAAAGCCUCCAUACGUCGCAAGAGAUUUUUAAGUUUCUUCGUUCCUUGGAAGUUAUGUCUGAUAUUAUGGCAUCGGGAGCCCUGCAGAGGAUUUCUGAAGUUGAGGUGGAUGACGAUGGUCUGAAAAACCCUGAAGAUGUGCUAGAGAAUGACGUUUUCAGGGCAUUAUGCUUUCAGUUUGAAUUUGAAUCCUCAAAACUGUCCAACAGCGGCCUGCUGAAUGCACUGCAAGCUUUGAUAAAGCUACGUGUAGAUCCCCAGAGUACACUGAUAGCAUGCUUGCUUUCAGAGAGUGAAGAGCGGCUUGCUAACAGAAAGCUGACUGUUGACAAUCUCUGCUCUCUUGGAGAGAGUUUGCUCGAGUUGAAAGGCCCAAGUUGUGCUAUGCUGGAACAGAUUGUGAGCCGCAUGCAAGAAAAAGACAUUGAGAACUGGAGUCCUAGGGAAAUGGCGAUGGUUUAUAAGAUACUGCAGGUGGUGGUUGGGGAAAGGGAACAAUACUGGGACUUGCUAAACAGGAUGAACAGUGCCACUUUAACCUUAGCUUACCAGCUAAGUCCAAAGUUCACAAGUGUAAUACUGAAUUCUCUGGUGGCUCUCCAUCAGACUCAGGUAGUUCCCUUAAUCUUAGCACUAUGUAAGCAUUCUGUGAAGCAUGUUCCUUACUUUACUGAUGAUGAGUUGGUAAGUGUACUGGAAGCCUUCCUGUUCUUUGGACACCGUGAACAAAUUUUUACAGAAGCACUGGAAAAGCAUAUUCCCAAGUCCAUCCCUACUAUGUGUCCUGAAACUGUCAGCAAAGUCAUGCAAUACUUCUGUCAAAAGAAGAUCCUCUCGAAGCCUAUCUUGGAUGCAGUGGCAGAAGGUUUCAUUUCUAAUGCUGACAGCUUUACCGCUGACCAGAUUGCUGAAUAUAUUGUCCCAUUUGGGACUCUGAACUACCUCCCUCCAAAUGCUUCUUCCUUGUUUAAGAAGCUUGAAACAAUAUUACAUACUCGUUUUAGUCAGUUUCAGCCUCACGCCUUGUUGAAUCUGCUGCACUCAUGUGUUCUUAUUCAGCGUUAUCCAGUAAAUUUUCUGCCAAAAAUAUUUAGUCCCUUUUUCCUGCAACAGCUUCAAGCUCAGCCACCUGGUUUGGACAGAGUUGUUGCCUCCCAGCUAACACAGCUUUUUCUAACUGUUACCCUGGAGUGCCCGUUUUAUAAGGGUCCCAAACUCCUUCCAAAGUAUCAAGUAAAUACCUUUCUCACAACUCAUUGUUUUCUGGAUGUUCACCUCUUCAAAAAGGUGAAGAGUGGACUACUGUGUUUACUGAAAAAAAGAAUGUAUUUUUCAUCAGAGGUAUCGACACCAUAUUUCUAUACAAUUGAUAUUGAGAUUAAAUUAGAUGAAGAAGGCUUUAUGUUGCCUGCUACUCAAUGUGAAGAAGUACACACACGAAUUGCUCUCUGUGUUGAUGGUCAAAAUAGGUUUUGUGUUAAUAGCCAUAAUCUGCUGGGAGAAGAAGCUAUUAAACAGAGGCAUCUUCAGUUACUUGGUUAUAAAGUUGUGCAGGUUCCAUUUUUUGAAGUAGAAAGUAUAAAAUCUUGCAGAAGAAUGGCAGAAUACCUACACAAAAAAAUCUUUCCUCAUACAUAUGGACAUGGCUGCUGACAAUGGAGAAUACCACUGUACCACAGCUUGACUUCCUGUACCAUAAAGUGUACAUAUUGUGCAUGGGAGAACAACUUUAAUAAUUCCAUGUAAGAUGAUUUCAGCUUCUGAAUGUGGUGACCUUCCAAUAUUUGGAACAAUUAAUAUGUAAAGAGUAAUAAAAAGCAACAUAUUUUCUUAAGUUUUAUGUAAAUAUUUAUUACAUAGUAUUAAUAGAUAAAAGUACCAAACAGUCACUAUUGCAUUUUCCUUGUAUUUUCACUGGUUUUAAAUCACAACUGUCAGUAGACAGAUGAAGCUAUUUAAGGUUACUAGCUGUUGCUGAAUGUACAAAAUGUGCCAUGUUAUGUACCAAUCAGUCAGGUUUUUUUCUUGACAGUAUAAAAAGAAAAUAUAUAAUUUAUUCCCAGCUUUUUGUAUGUUGUUUCCAAGUGUUUUAGAAAACUAAAAUUUGCAGUAGGUGCACAAGCAUCACUAGCUUAUUGCACAGACUUAGGAGUGCUGAUCACUAAAUAGCACUGCUUUACAGAAAAUAAAAUUUUUAUGAAGGUAUUCUUUUGUCAUUGAGCAUUAAAAGAAGUCAGUCACACACCUGAAUGAGAAGUAAGUCAUAGGAGUAAAAACACGUGAAAAAUAUUCAAAAGUGAGGGUGAAAUGGUAUUGAAAGAGAAGUAGAUAACAUAAGCACAGAUAAGUAAACUAAUGCUGGUGUCUUGCUAACUUACGCUCCUUUGGUGGGAAUCGUUUGGAGAUGCACAUUUCUCACAUUGGCCAGAAGGUGGUAGUGUUCUCAAACAUCUUAGUAUUUGAACACAGAUGGUUUGUAAGUAAAGUGAGACUAUUUGAAUGAAGUCAUUUGUACUGCCUGUACCAAACUAAAAAUAAUGUCUAUAGAAUAUGGUCAUAUUUUGUCUCACUUGUGAUUCUUCACUUGUGAUACCCUUGAUAAAGCAUUCUGGUGUUGUUAGAAAACAUUCCUUUCUCACUUCAUUCAUACUGUGUGUGAUUCCUUUUCAUUUAAUGCUGCUGUAUUUCUUUAAUGAAGUAUUCAUUGGUGAAAAGGAACGUAGCAGUUUCACCCUCUUGUCCACAGCCAUUACUCACUGAAAGCGGGGACUUUACAAGCCGUAAAUACUGAAAGUGCCAAACACCUCUAAGAAUGGACUGCUCUGUAUACUCAGCUCCUCACAUCAUACCAAAUGCUCUAUCAAUUGCCUAGUUCACUGCAUAUCCAAGGCCCUAGAGGAAGCAGUUAUUUGUAUUAUUUUUUCCUAGCAGACUCAUUUCCUAUUUAAGUAUCUGACAGAAGUACAGUGUCAGUCAAUGCUGUGGCCUUCCAAUCCUUAAACAAGUGUGAUCGGUCUGGCUAAAUGUUCGAUAUUGAACAGUAUCGAUAUUGCUUCAGCUUUAAACAACAGGAUCAAUGAUGCUGCAGAACCACAAGGAUGCACACCCUGCAGAUGAUGUUUCUUUUCUUGAAAAUAUCUUAAAACUCCACUACAAGAUUCAAUGAGAAUAGAAGGAAGCAGGUGUUUAAGUGGCUUUAGACAUUUACCUCUAGACAUACUUUUUGAGUAACUUGUCUUGUUGGGUUUUUUUUAAUCCUUUCUACCAAACUAAUGAGUUAUUGCUCUCUUAGUAGUGGAGCACUGGGUAAGGAACCAAAAGUGAUUUUUCUUGUGACAGAUCAAUCCCUCUGACAGCAUUUUUCUUAACUGAUGUCAGCAAAAUGGAUGCCUAAAAUUAUUUAAAUCAAAAUUUUAGAGUCUUCUUACAUGCUAAGCUCUGAGAAGUUCCCUUUAACUUGACUUCCACUUGAACUCUAAUGAAAUUCCUCAGUACUUCUAGAAAUUAGAUCUUUGUUUACUUGUUCAUCCAUUUUGGAAAAUCUGGGUUGAAUUACUGAUUGAAUUACUGUUCUGCGGAAAAAAAAAUGAUGCUGAUUUUGUAGGGAUUAAGAACUGUAAGUACUAAGAAAGUAUUAAUACCCUGAGGAGCAAAUUUAAUGUUAAUUCAGUGAACAAUUAUGUAGUUACUGCCUGAA